AUGUCAUCCCAACCCUCCCCCACAUUCUCAUCGAAUUAUUCUCCCGAGCAAGGAACCAAAGAUCUCUCACCACUUCUAAAGGCUAAUGGAGGGAAAUGGGUCCUGACAGAGAGUGGAAAAGGCGUUGAGAGGAGUUUUAAGUUUAAGACUUUUAAGAAGACUUGGGAAUUCAUGAACAUCGUAGCAGCAGAGUGUGCAGUGAAGAAACACCAUCCUGAAUGGUCGAAUGUCUACAAUACAACGUUUAUCAGAUGGACGACACAUUCUCCACCUGGAUUGUCGGAGAAAGAUGUCCUGAUGGCUAGGUUCUGUGAUGAGAAGGCGGGGGAGUGUGGGGAGCUUGAAGUUGAGGAGGGGAAGGAGGGGGACAUGGGAAGUGGGUUGGCGGAUCGGGUUGCUGCGGAGGGGGCGGAUUGUUGUGUUCCUAAGAAGAAGAGUGGUUGA